ACUUCACCGUUCCUGGCAUCCUUUGUCUCCGCAUGGAUCGCGCUCACGACAGGACUAUGUGAAAGCAAAGGUCCAGUAACGACGCAAAGGGUUUGCACGCUUCGGGGUGAUAUCUAAUGCCUGAAAAUAAAGCCAGUACACAUUUCUACGAUAUUUUAUGGCAUGGAGAAACCUUCAUCAUGACCAGGUAGUGUUCUUGUAUUGGUCACCGAGUGUUGAGAAUGCGAGGGUCUUGGGAUAGAAUCAGAGCAGCCAACGCAACCAGAGCAGCGCUUAAACCUUGAAUUUGUGCUGAGCAUGAAAAUCAAGAUUUUGUAUUAGAAGGUUGACAAGAACACAUAUCCUUCUAGGAAAUAUUUGACGAGCGAAGCAUUCGUGCCAAUACAAAACGGCUUACUUAUACCCUCUCAGAACACGUGUGGAGCCGUUCCCUAAAAGAUUCCCCGCCCCUGCGCGUUUUUUGCGUUAUUCCCCGGGAAGCGGCAACAACAGUUUAAUAAACCCCUGGGCCGCCCUGAUGACUGAGAUUUUCAUUCCCAAACUUUUGAAAGCGCAUCUGCAGGAUGAAUAAAUUGUCAGGUCGGAUCCUCUUACCGUGGCAGCCCGUCCGUGCGUUCCGGCCGCCCCGUCACUUCCAGAACUUCUUUUCUAGCUUCGCUCCCGCGCAGGCCUGUCCUUCCAGUGAGAACAAGGACACUAUCAAACCUCAUAAUGAACACUGCCACCCAGCAACCGUCUCGGUAACGGCUAACAAGCAGUCGCUAUCACCGUGGCAACUCAGCUUUUGGAAAUGCCGUCAUACAUGGAAACGCGCAGGGAUCAACACACUUCGCUGCCUGGUCGGCUGUACGUUCGGUGACUUCUCCGCGCUAUGGAUGCUCCAGACAUUCUAUCCAGGGCUAGGGAUGGGAACUAUCAUGGCCGCGUCUAUGGCGUCCGGAAUCAGCACGUCGAUCGUUCUUGAAACGGUCCUCCUCCGGCGCGGAGCUGACCAGCUCUCCUGGCCGAUGGCACUUCGCACGGCAAUGGGCAUGAGUAUGGUGUCGAUGCUCGCAAUGGAGGCGGCCGAGAAUGUUGUUGACUAUCACCUUACCGGCGGUGUCGUGGCUUUGGGUGACCCGAGCUUUUGGAUGGCAGCUGGUGUGUCGAUGACGGCUGGCUAUCUGGCUCCGUUGCCGUACAACUACCUGCGCCUGAAGAAAUAUGGCAAGGCCUGUCAUUGAAGACACCCUAGGAUUCCAUAGUGAGAGAAGCGAGUUGGGUGUACUGUGUAUGGUCGCUAUCAAUUAAUUCACCGUGUAUUAUUAUGUGAGCAUCGGGGCAAGGUUCAGAAAUCAUGAUAUUGUAGUUUCUACAUUGCCAGUGUGGGCCGAAAUAGGAAUACAUUCAAUAGA